CAGUAAGUGAGCAAGGAAAUAUGGAAGAGAAGAGUCAUGAGAUCGCGAAAGAUGUGACAGAAGUAGUUUCCUUUCUGAAAUCUUUCUUGGUACUCUUUACAUCCUCCUUGUUUAGAAUCAAAUCAUCAUCGCAUUUUGUUGUCUUCACAAUGUAGCUAAUUGGAAGCACCCCUAUGGUAUAUCUGAACAAAAUCGUGGAAGGUUGUGCUGCCCAAAUUGCAGCCAAAUUGGAGAUAAUGCAACCAUGCUCAAGUAUCAAAGAUAGGGUUGCAUGGAGUAUGAUCAAAGAUGCAGAAGACAGGGGCCUGAUUAGCCCUGGAAAGACUGUCCUUCUAGAGACAUCCAACGGAAAUACCGGCAUUGGUCUUGCGUCUAUUGCAGCAGUUCGUGGCUAUAAACUCGUGAUAGUGAUGCCAGGAUCAUAUAGUAUUGAGAAAAGGAUUGUUCUUAAAGCUUUGGGGGCUGAGUUAUACAUCACAGAUCCUGCCAAAGGUAUAGAUGGUGUGCUUCAGAAGGCCCAAGAGAUAAAAGACACAACACCCAACUGUUAUUUUCUUCGUCAGGACAAGAACCCUGCCAAUCCAAAGAUACAUUAUGAAGCAACUGGACCUGAAAUAUGGAAUUGUACCGGAGGGAAAGUUGAUAUUUGUAUUGCUGGGAUUGGGACUGGAGGCACAGUGACAGGAAUUGGAAGGUUUCUCAAGGAAAAGAAUCCAGAAAUAAAGGUAUAUGGUUUAGAACCAGCUGAAAAUGCAUUUCUAAACGGAGGACAACUAGGGCCACAUAAAAUCCAAGGAAUUGGUCCUGGUUUUAUCCCACCUGUUCUCGAUCUCAGCAUCCUGGAUGGAGUUCUUCAAGUAUCUAGUGAUGAAGCUAUUGAAAUGACAAAGCUUCUUGCAUUGAAAGAAGGCCUGCUGGUAGGAAUUUCAUCAGGGGCUUCAGCUGCUGCUGCAGUAAAAGUAGCAAAAAGGCCAGAAAAUGCUGGGAAACUUAUUGUGAUUAUAUUCGCUAGUUCUGGAGAGCGUUAUCUUUCCACCGUGCUGUUUGAUUCCAUUAGAGAAGAGGUGGAAAACAUGGCUUUUGAGUAA